UGUGAGUGAUUGGAGGGUGAGGUGCAGCCAAUGGUCGUACGGGAUUGGAAGACCCCGCCAAAAUAGUUGGGGGUCGUGUUGGUGGCUGAUGAUGUUGAUGGGUGACGAUUGUCCUCGUUCAGUUGUGUUUUUUGAUUUUUAGAAUUUUGAGGGGAAGAAUGUCGGGGGAGAAACGAGAAAUUGAGGAGGGUGAGGGCGAUGAUGAGUGGGUUGGGCCUAAACUCGCGGAAGCUACACCUGCGAAGAAACAAAAAGUCCUGGAGUAUGAGAAAGUCUAUGUUGAUAAUUUGCCCUGCUGUGAGUGCUACGAGAAGUCGUAUAUGCACCGGGAUGUCGUGAGUCACAUCGUAGUUACAAAAACAAAUUUUGUGAUAACAACCAGCUGCGAUGGGCAUGUAAAAUUCUGGAAGAAGCAGGAUGAGCUGAUAGAAUUCGUCAAACACUUUAGAGCCCACAUCAUGGCCAUCCAGGGAUUGGCAGCCAGCUACAACGGAGUCUACGCAGCUACCAUCAGUUUAGAUAAGACCCUCAAGAUUUUUGAUGUCGUCAAUUUCGACAUGAUCAACAUGAUGAAGUUUGAUUACACCCCCUCCUGCGUGGAGUGGAUCUACACAUCUGGUGAUGCGAUAUUCGCUAUUGCUGUUUCUGACAAAGACUCUCCAAGAAUACAUGUCUACGACGGUCAGGCGACCGAGAGAGCUCUUCAUGUCUUUGAAGAUCUGCAUAAAAAGCCUGUUGUCGUCAUGAAGUACAACGCAGUUUUCGAGACCUGCAUAACGAUCGAUCAAUCGGGAUUCUUGGAGUACUGGACAGGCCCCAAGUCAGAGUAUCAAUUCCCUAAGUGCGUGGCAUUUGAAUCGAAAUUAGACACCGAUCUGUUCGAAUUUGCAAAGAACAAGACCCAUCUGUGCUGCCUGGCGAUAUCUCCCGAUGGGAAAAAAUUCGCUUCCCUCAGCAGUGACAGAAAAGUUCGAGUCUUUCAUUUUCUGACCGGGACCUUGUACAGAGUAUUUGAUGAGUCGUUACAGAGGUUUUCGGAGCUCCAACAGACCACCCAACAAUUACCCAACAUGGAGUUUGGAAGGAGAAUGGCUGUGGAAAGGGAUUUAGACAAGACAGAAACAAACCUGGGAAAUAUUGUAUUCGACGAGUCAGGAUAUAUGAUAAUGUACAGCACAAUGUUGGGUAUAAAAUUGGUGAAUUUGUACACAAAUCGUUGUAUUCGGAUAUUAGGAAAACCAGAGAAUAUUCGACCAAUGCAACUCGCUCUAUUCCAGGGCAAAGCCCGAAAGGCUGCGGUAACCGUGGAAAUGGAAGCGUCUGAAAAUCCCACCCUAGAGCUCAACAAGCCAGAUCCCACCCUGUUCUGUACAGCUCAUAAAAAGAACAGAUUUUUCAUGUUCACCAGGCGUGAGCCCGAGGACUCAAAGGGCUCGGAGUGCGACAGAGACGUAUUCAACGAGAAGCCCUCGAAAGAGGAUAUCAUAUCCUCGACAGACGCCACCAACAUGCAGAAGAUCUACGACACUGCUGUCAUUCAUACUGCUCUUGGAGACAUCCAUGUCUCCCUCUUCGGCAAGGACGUCCCUAAGACAGUGGAGAAUUUCUGUGUCCACGCGAAGAAUGGCUACUACAACAGCCACAUAUUUCAUAGAGUCAUCAAGGGCUUUAUGAUUCAGACUGGGGAUCCAACGGGCACUGGGACUGGAGGAGAGAGUAUUUGGGGUGGUGAAUUUGAGGAUGAGUUUAGGUCACAUCUGAAGCAUGACAGGCCGUAUACUCUCAGCAUGGCGAAUGCUGGGGCCAAUACCAAUGGCAGCCAGUUCUUCAUCACUUUGACACCAACGCCCUGGCUGGACAACAAACACACAGUUUUUGGUCGUGUCAUCAAGGGAAUGGAGGUGGUUCAGAACAUAAGUCAAGUGAAAACAAAUCCGAAGACAGACAAACCCUACGAUGACAUCAGAAUAGUGAGUGUAUCAGUAAAAUAAAUUAAUUUCUUAGAAAAAAAA